AUGUCAUCAUCAAUUGAUUUUAUUUCCAAUAAAUCUACUAAAAAAGAUAAUCAUUUAUUUACAAAAUUUUCUUAUGAAAAUUCAUUAGUUGAAAAAAAUUCAGAUGGUUCAUUAAAAGUUACUCCAACUCAACAAGAUUAUGAAUUUAAAUUAGAUUUAAAAGUUCCAAAAGUUGGUUUAUUAUUAGUUGGUUUAGGUGGUAAUAAUGGUACUACAUUAGUUGGUUCAAUUUUAGCCAACAAGAAUAAUAUUAGUUUUGAAAAUAAAGAAGGUGUUGUUAAACCAAAUUAUUAUGGUUCAGUUACUCAAAGUUCAACUAUUAAAAUUGGUAUUGAUGGUGAAGGUAAUGAUGUUUAUGCUCCUUUCAAUUCUAUUGUACCAAUGGUUUCUCCAAAUGACCUUGUUGUUGAUGGUUGGGAUAUUUCUGGUUUAACUUUAGAUCAAGCAAUGAAAAGAGCUAAAGUUCUUGAUGUUACUUUACAAAAACAAUUAUAUCCAUUAAUUGAAAAUAUAAAACCAAAAGAAUCAAUUUAUUAUCCAGAUUUUAUUGCUGCAAAUCAAGGUGAAAGAGCUGAUAAUGUUUAUAAUAAAAUUAAUGGAGAAAUUAAAACUGAUCAAAAAUGGAAAGAUGUUGAAAAAAUUAGAAAAGAUAUACAAGAUUUUAAAAGCACCAAUAAAUUAGAUAAAGUUAUUGUUUUAUGGACUGCAAAUACUGAAAGAUAUGCUGAUGUAUUACCAAAAGUUAAUGAUACUGCUGAUAAUUUAAUUGCUUCAAUAAAAUCAAAUCAUGAAGAAAUUGCUCCAUCUACAAUUUUUGCAGUUGCUUCAAUUUUAGAAGGUGUUCCAUAUAUUAAUGGUUCACCACAAAAUACUUUUGUACCAGGUGUUAUAGAAUUAGCUGAAAAACAUAAAUCUUUUAUUGGUGGUGAUGAUUUUAAAUCAGGUCAAACAAAAAUUAAGUCGGUGUUAGCUCAAUUUUUAGUUGAUGCAGGUAUUAAACCAAUUUCAAUUGCUUCAUAUAAUCAUUUAGGUAAUAAUGAUGGUUAUAAUUUAUCAGCACCAAAACAAUUUAGAUCAAAAGAAAUUUCAAAAGCUUCAGUUGUUGAUGAUAUGAUUGAAAGUAAUGAAAUUUUAUAUAACAAAGAAAGUGGUGAUAAAGUUGAUCAUUGUAUUGUUAUAAAAUAUUUACCAGCAGUUGGUGAUUCAAAAGUUGCAAUGGAUGAAUAUUAUUCAGAAUUAAUGUUGGGUGGUCAUAAUAAAAUUUCAAUUCAUAAUGUAUGUGAAGAUUCUUUAUUAGCAACUCCAUUAAUUAUUGAUUUGGUUGUGGUUUCUGAAUUUUUAUCAAGAGUUACAUACAAAAAGGAAAAUGAAUCAGAAUAUCAAGAUUUUUAUGCUGUUUUAACUUUAUUAAGUUAUUGGUUGAAAGCUCCUUUAUCAAGACCAGGAUUUAAAGCUAUAAAUGGUUUAAAUAAACAAAGACAAGCUUUAGAAAAUUUAUUAAGAUUAUUAGUUGGUUUACCAAUUAAUAAUGAAUUAAGAUUUGAAGAAAGAUUAGUUUAG